ACGGAGGGGAGUCAUACCCCGAUUUCGCUUGCUUCCAAUCCUAUUUCCCACUCGGGUUUCCCUUUCAUUGUCUAGUCAUACACUCGCUUCUUCAACAUGGCUAGCCAGAACCCCAGCGACAACCCCGCCUGUGAGGGCGCUGCCCCCCAGACCCUGCCUGACCGCACUCAAACCCCCGCCGAUGGCGAGGCGGGUGAGUCAAAGAACGCCGCCAAAAAAGCCGCGAAGCUCGCCAAAAUGAAGGCCGAUAAGGCUGAUAAGAAGGCCUCGAACAAGGGAGAGAAGGGCAUUGGCAAGCAAGAGGCCAAGAAGGCUUCUAAGAAGAAGGUUGAUGGUGCCGCUUUAAUUGGUAUUGAUGUCUUGAAGGAGGAGGACUUCUCCGGCUGGUAUCAGCAGGUUCUCACCAAGGGUGAUUUGCUGGACUACUACGAUGUCUCUGGUUGUUUCAUUCUCAAGCCUGCGUUGUUCUUCAUCUGGGAGGAGAUCCAGGAGUACUUCAACAAGGCCAUCAAGGGAAUGGGUGUCAAGAACUGCUCCUUCCCUCUGUUCGUGUCUGAGGAUGUCCUGCAGCGGGAGAAGGACCACAUCGAGGGCUUUGCCGCUGAAGUCGCCUGGUGGCUCAACCCCCUCGAGAAGAAGAUUGCCAUUCGCCCUACCUCGGAGACUGUCAUGUACCCCUACUAUGCCAAGUGGAUUCGCAGUCACCGUGACCUCCCUCUUCGUCUCAACCAGUGGAACUCAGUCGUGAGAUGGGAAUUCAAGCACCCUCAACCACUACUCCGCUCGCGAGAGUUCCUCUGGCAAGAAGGUCACACCGCUCACCUGACUGAAGGUGCUGCCCGCGAUGAAGUUCUGAGCAUCCUUGACUACUAUGCCAAGAUUUACCAGGAGCUCCUUGCCGUGCCCGUCGUUAAGGGUCAGAAGACCGAGAAAGAGAAGUUCGCUGGCGGUAACUACACUACCACUGUUGAAGGCUACAUCCCCGCCACUGGCCGUGGUAUCCAGGGUGGUACAUCCCACGGACUCGGCCAGAACUUUAGUAAGAUGUUCGGCAUCACCGUUGAGGACCCAACCGCUACUGUCGAUGAUAAGAAGCCCCCUCUGCACGUCUGGCAGAACUCCUGGGGUCUGUCCACCCGUUCACUGGGUGUUAUGGUCAUGAUCCACAGUGACAACAAGGGUCUGGUCCUGCCUCCUCGUGUGGCUGAGAUCCAGGUCAUCAUCGUCCCUGUCGGUCUCACAGCCAAGACUACUGAGGAGGAGCGCGAGAAGCUCAAUGCCGAGGUCGACGGUCUCGUCGCCGUCCUCGUUGCUGCCGGCGUCCGUGCCGACAGCGAUAAGAGCAGCUACUCCCCUGGCUGGAAGUUCAACCAGUACGAGCUCCGCGGUGUACCUCUGCGCAUUGAGUUUGGUCCCGGCGAGUCCGCCGGUCACUUUGUUACCACCGCCCGCCGUGAUAUCCCCGGCAAGGAUGGCAAGGGCAGCAUCCCCAUCGCCGAGCUGGCUACUGGCGUUCCAGCUCUCCUUGAGACCAUCCAGUCUGACCUGUACAACCGCGCCGACGAGCAGUUCAAGGCUCACCGCAUCAAGAUCACCAAGUGGGAUGACUUUGUUCCUGCUCUGAACAACAAGAACAUCUGUGUCAUUCCCCACUGCUUGGCUGAGGAUUGCGAGGACCAAAUUAAGGACAUGAGUGCCCGCAAGGCCGAGGAAGACUCCGGCGAGGCUGAGGAUGCUAAGGCCCCCAGCAUGGGUGCUAAGUCGCUCUGCAUUCCUUUCGAGCAACCCGAGGGUCUUGAGCAAGGUGUCACUCCCUGCUGCAACCCCAAGUGCCAGCGUCUUGCUGAGAAGUGGUGCAUGUUUGGCCGCUCUUAUUAAGAUAUUGCAUUG